ACCUUUCUCUUCCUCGUCAGCUGACGCUAGGUUUAGAGGAACUGUAGUUUAGUGUAGGUUUCGCUAAUAUUAAUAAAGUAGUUAUCAGUUUAGUUUAGUAGUUUUAAACGUUAGUUUUCAAGCUUUGUUGUGGUAAAUCUCUCUUUGGAUAUCCGCAAGUGCCUUCAAAACACCAGCCAUGGCGCUCAGCGAUGCCGCCGUACAAAAACAGAUCAAACACAUGAUGGCCUUCAUUGAUCAGGAAGCCAGUGAGAAGGCUGAAGAAAUUGAUGCAAAGGCAGAAGAAGAGUUUAACAUCGAAAAAGGACGACUGGUGCAGACUCAAAGACUGAAGAUAAUGGAGUACUAUGAGAAGAAAGAGAAACAAAUUGAACAACAGAAGAAAAUUCAGAUGUCAAAUUUGAUGAACCAGGCAAGACUGAAGGUGCUCAAAGCUCGUGAUGACAUGAUUAAGGAUCUCCUAGAUGAUGCCCGACAGCGUUUGGCAACCAUCGCCAAAGACCCAAAUCAGUACCAAACACUUCUGGAGGGGCUGGUGUUACAGGGUUUCUAUCAGCUGCUAGAGCCUAGGGUUAUAAUCCGCUGCAGAAAGGAAGAUGUGGCGCUGGUGCAGACUGCCGUUCAGAAAAACAUCCCGAUCUACAAAGAAGCUGUAAAGAGUAACAUUGAAGUGCGCAUCGACGAGAACUCCUUUCUGUCUCCUGACAUUUCAGGAGGUGUUGAAGUCUAUAACGCUGAUGGCAGGAUCAAGGCCUCCAACACGCUGGAAAGCAGAUUAGACCUUCUAGCACAACAGAUGAUGCCUGACAUCAGAGUGAAUUUAUUUGGUGCCAACCCAAACCGCAAGUUCACAGACUAAUCGACUGUUACAAAUACACUUCAGAAGAGCUGAGGUUUGAUGGGAAGAUAGUCUUUUAAGGUCACGGCAGAUUUCCUAAAGAGGAAAUCAGUUUUUUUAUUUUACUUUUAAAAAUGGUGCCUAUCAGUUUCAUUUUAUUAUUCAUUUUAGGCCAAAGAAAGUAGUUCACACUGAAAUGUGUGUUCUUGUCACUUUAAACCUCUCCUUUGAGAGUUUAUUUAGCGCUUUCUCUUUGAAUAUCAUGUCACAGAUAGGGAAAGUAGACGCCUGACAUCUUAUCUCAGCUUGUACCAACAAAGAGUUAUAAGCACUCAGGAAUUUGCAUUGUGUCAAUUGUUGUUAGCUAAGCUAGCAGCCUAACCAGUUUUCCCUGAAAAAAGGGGGAAAAAAAUCUCUUUCAUUGUCUUAAAAACAUGGAUGCUUUUAUGCUUUCAAUUGUAGUGCAAUUACAUGGAUAAAUAAAUCAAAUAUAGUUUA